GCCAACGCAAGGUCAGUGUGAUAUGUUUGAUAGACAUGACAAUGGUCUCAUUCAACUAAUACAGAAGCAACCAGUGCCAUAACCUGACCAGGGUGAUGCACUACCUGGACAAUGGAUGACAAAGGUCGGAUGCAAGACAAUGGCGAACCCCAUGAUAAAGAGGAUUCCAGAUCCUUUUAUUUUUACACAAGUGAUGGCUAAUAUACUCAACGUUGAUAGCGUCUCCACGUCAAUUUCAGUGCCCCAGUCCAAGCCCACAGCCACUCCAACUAUCAUUUGGAGAACGUGAAUAAGGUAAAAAGAGGGGAAGGAAUGAGCAUCUUUGGCAUUUCGAGAUCAUUUCGACCAAAGCAUACGGGCGUGAUAUAUUUCCCGGUGAAGGCCAGAGCACCAGCUCCACAGCGACAAUCAAUACCAAGAUUCCGGCCCAUAAUAGACCUGCAACGGAUCAGAAUCUCACCAUCGCUUCAGCUUGCAGGUUACCAGAAUAUGCGUGAUGCCAUAGUAGCAGAAGAGCCGUCAAUAUCGUCUAUGUGCUACAAAUCGUCUCGCUUCCGAAUCAAUGCGAAGGGCGAGCUAGUUCCGAUUCAAGAUCCACGCGUUCAUGUCAAAGAGGAAACCGCACCAGUGACCGAGGAACCAGCUAGCGAGGAAAGUAAUAUGGAACGGCAGGAUCUGCAGAGAACAUCCGUCUCAAGGGUUGGAGCCAAAUGGUGGCUGUUUCUGCUUUGCAUCGCACUCUUGUGGUAUAUGCGAUCCGGUGGCGAGACUAAUCACCAGAAACUGCUUGAAACAAACCAGGAAUCGACAAACCUACGAACGAGAAUCCAGAGGAAUCGGGACUCUGAAUUCGAAUUUAUGCAAAUGUUAGCCUACGAGAUGAGCAAGAGAUCCAAUAUAGAUCCGAUGGCAUUGGGGUGACGUGGCCUCCUGGUCGUCUUGGUGUGCACAUCUUUGGAUACCCCAUUUGUUAAAUCCCUGAGAAAAUGCUUAUUCUCUUAAGCGAGGAACAGACCCUUCCAAUGACAAGACAAGAGCAUCAUCAUUCAAGGCUGAGUAGCCCAGCCACGGAAGUCCUAGGACACGGAGCAGUAGUGUUGGAGAGAUCGUGUCGUGGCAUUUUCGUGACGAACCACAGUGCGAGCCGCAAUUGUUAGAAACGCCUAUGGAGUGUCUUACUAUUUCAUUCCUUCCAAUCUAACCGGGCGUUGGCGCCAUGAUUUUGAUCGUGUUAACAAUCUACUAGUAUGUAGGCCAUGAAAGUGAGAAGAGACCGGAAGCGGCGGAAAGGGUUUAAACUGGCGCAGGGUCAUGAUAGACGGGACGUUCAGUAUUGAUAGUUGUCAUGGU